UUCGUGUUUGGAGGAGAAAAAAUACUCACUUGCAUCCGAAGAACACCAUACCCACUGUGAAGCAUGGGGGUGGAAACAUCAUGCUUUGGCGCUGUUUUUCUGCAAAGGGACCAGGACGCCUGAUCUGUGUACAGGAAAGAAUGAAUGGGGCCGUGUAUCAAGAGAUUUUGAGUGAAAAUCUCCUUCCAUCAGCAAGGGCAUUGAAGAUGAGAUGUGGCUGGGUCUUUCAGCAUGACAAUGAUCCCAAACACACAGCCAGGGCAACAAAGGAGUGGCUUCGUAAGAAGCAUUUUAAGGUCCUGAUCUCAGGUCUCCAGAUCUCAACCCCAUAGAAAAUCUGUGGAGGGAGUUGAAAGUCCGUCUUGCCCAACGACAGCCCCAAAACAUCACUGCUCUAGAGGAGAUCUGCAUGGAUGAAUGGGCCAAAAUACCAGCAACAGUGUGUGAAAAGCUUGUGAAGAGUUCCAGAAAACGUUUGGCCUCCGUUUUUGCCAACAAAGGGUACAUAAGAAAGUAUUGAGAUGAACUUUUGGUAUAGACCAAAUACUUAUUUUCCACCAUUAUUUGCAAAUAAAUUCUUUAAAAAUCAAACAAUGUGAUUUUCUGUUUUUUUCCCUCCACAUUCUGUCUCUCAUGGUUGAGGUUUACCCAUGUUGAUAAUUACAGGGCUCUCUAAUAUUCUCAAGUGGGAGAACUUGCACAAUUAGUGGCUGACUAAAUACUUAUUUGCCCCACUGUAUCUAUGAAGUGAAGGAAAUAAAGAAGUUACUGGCAGUUUACUUCAAGUUACUUCCCUGUAAGGUUACUUCCUGUGCAAUUGCCAAGUGGAACAACUUGAAUAUCCUCUUCAGCUUGGCUGACGUGACAUUUGCCAAUGCCUGGAUCAAAUCAGAACACAAGAACGAAAACAAACUAGAAGGCAUUUGAAGUAGCUACGGGUUCACUCUUCUCAAACACCAUGGCUGGAAGUUUGGAGGAGUCUCUCCACUGUCCGACAUGUUUGGACAUCCUCAAAGAUCCCGUCGUGCUGUCGUGCGGUGACAGCUUCUGUCGUGCGUGUCUGCAGCAGUGGAAAGACAAUGGAGAGCGGUCGUGUCCAAUCUGUAGGACAGAGAUGAGGUCGUUGGAACCCCCUCCAAGCCUGGCAUUGAGGAAUGAUUGCGAGAACGUUCCAAAAGCCUUGGUCAAUUCGGAAAACAUCUGCAGCUUGCACCAGGAGAAACUCAAACUCUUCUGUUUGGACCACCAGGAGCUUGUGUGCCCUGUCUGCAGAGACACAACAAUCCACCUUUUUCACCGGAUCCAGCCUCUUGAAGAAGUGGUGAAAGAUCACAAGAAGCAACUCGAAAAAGGUCUGCGGAACACCAUAACAAGACUCGAAGAUUAUAUUGACUGUAGAAAGAACUGCAAUGAACAAGCAGAGUACAUUAAGUUCCAGAGUGAGAAGGUCGAAAGCAAGAUUAAAAAGGAUUUUGAGGAGUUGCGUCACUUCCUAGACAUCGAGGAGAAGGCCAGGGUGGCUGCGGUCAGGGAGGAAGAAAAAAAGAAGAGUCAUUUUAUGAAGGAGAAGAUAGCGGCUUUCGACAGAGAAAUAGCCGCUCUCUCAGAUGCCGUCAGGAACGCUAAGGUGCAUCUGACAUCUAGCGAUAUUUCCUUCAUGAGGAACUUCCAGAUGACGGUGAGCAGAAUUCAAGAGCUGCCUGAUAAACCGGAGUUGCCCAGAGGAGCGCUGCUGGACGAAGCAAAACACGUGGGCAACCUCAAGUUCAGAGUGUGGGACCAGAUAAAACAGAAGAUCUCCUACAGUCCCAUCAUUCUGGACCCCAAUACAGCCGGUCCGGGUCUCGUUCUGUCUGAGGAUCUGACCAGUCUGACUUCAGAAGAGGUACAACAGCGUCCAAAGAAUCCAGAGAGGUUCAAGGUCAAUACUGUGCUGGGUUGCGCUUUGAACCGUAAAAGACAGGUGUGGGAAGUCGAGGUGGGAGACAACACGAACUGGGAAGUCGGGGUGGUCUGGGGGAACCCUUGUUUUCCAGCUCAAAUGGAGGGCUUCAAAAUUGCAUUCAAGGAUGGUAAAUACCGAAAGUUUGAUGGUGAAUUUGGUGCGUGGAAGCCGCGUGUAAAAGUGCAGAGGAUCCUACUUUAUAUUGAUCGCGACUGGUCAUUUUCAAUGUCCGAAUCUCUCACAAACACCCAAUUAGGCUCAAAGAAUGUUUUCAGAAUGCCAUACUUGUCCGACAACACAAAAAUCUAUCCUUUCUUUUUCACGAUGGAUAAAAUUCCUCUGAAAAUAUUCCCAAAGACUAUUUCCGUUUCAUACUAAAUAUGAGAUUUUGCUGUCGCAAUUUAGAAAUGUGCAAACAUUCUUCCCAGUGUCCCUAUCUGUAAAUGUUUUCUUCCUUCGCCCGCAAUCUUUUGGGACCUUCAAAGCGGAGAUUUUGUUGUGUGCGAUAUUGACCGCUUGGUAACAGAAACAUUAUUAUUACAAGAAAAAAGUCAAUGUGAUUUUGUAUUUUUUGUGGUGUGCAGAUUAUUAUUAUUUUGAUCUAGCCAUCAUCUUCUGAGAUUUUCAAAGCAGAAAUGAUGUUGUGUGCAAUUUUUACCACCAGGUGGCGGACUUUCCAUCCAAACAUUUUUGAAGGAGCAACCAAUAAACCCAGCACUAGCUCAAUCCGUCUUGUUGUAUUUAUUUUAGGGCUGUCAAACGAUUAAAAUUUUUAAUCGAGUUAAUUACAGCUUAAAAAUUAAUUAAUCGUAAUUAAUCGCAAUUAAUCGCAAUUCAAACCAUCUAUAAAAUAUGCCAUAUUUUUCUGUAAAUUAUAUAUAUAUUCUGUGAAAUAAAUUGUUGGAAUGGAAAGAUAAAACACAAGAUGGAUAUAUACAUUCAACAUACGGUACAUAAGGACUGUAGUGGGCAUUUCACUCUACUGUCAUUUAAAUCUGUCUAUGCUGUCCUCACUCCGAAGCGUCUACUUUUUCCAAAGCUAGACAGCUAGUGAACGACGCCUUAAUAAUUAGACUUCUUCCUUUUUCAUCUGAUUUAUUAAUAAAAUGGCCUCAAACCAUUGUCCUCUUUAGACCGUCGUAAAACUACAAAAUAAAAGUACACAAGCAUUGCAUUAGCAACAACUUUAGCUUAGCACGCUAUACAGGUUCACUAAACAUAAUCAAAAAGCGUCUCAUACAAAAAAUAUAACAUUUCGCUUACUAACAUAAUAUGUACAUUCUUUACAACAACCAUACUUACGGACAAAUCUUGUCCAAGGAUCAUAUAAGCACAACAUUAUCAGCCCGAGACGUCGUGCAGCCAUAAUGAACUGGCAAGAAAAUAAUAAACCAUGUCGCAAAGCGACCACAAGAGUUCGCUGUUGGACAGCAAAAAAAGCCUUGCUGUAAAACUUACCAAAAGGCAGAAUACUUUCUGAGCGGGACAUGUGCGUUAAUUGCGUCAAAUAUUUUAACGUGAUUAAUUAAAAAAAUUAAUUACCGCGCGUUAACGCGAUAAUUUUGACAGCCCUAAUUUAUUUCAAUAUUUACAAUUACUGACAUGCAAUGUUAAAUUUAACUCAUUCACUCCCAGCCAUUUUCCCCGGAGCAAGGUCCUUCGCUCCCGUCCGUUUUACUGAAUUUUGACUGAUUUUGCAAGGCCCACAGAAAAUUCUGUUCUAUUGCUAUAUUAACAUGGAACCCACCAAAAGAAAGAUUAGACCAGGGGUCAUGAAUUAAAAAUCCUCUGGGUCCGAAAUGAAAAAAUUACAACAAUCUCGGGUCCGGAAAUAUUUUUAAUGCUUCUUUUUUUAAAAAAAAAAAAAAAUACAAAUGUAUUUUUACAUGUCCAUGCUGAUAAUGACAACAUUCAAAAAUGUAAAUAAAAUAUAAAAGGUGCACAAAACUAAAAAAGUGCUUUAAUUCAAUCAUUAAAUAGCAACAUAAGAGCAUGUUCAAGAUUUGUUUUUGUAUUUUUUAAAUUGUGGAUGCUGACAGGGGGAUUUGCUUUAUUUUUUUGACAGACCUCUUCUUUUUGCUUUCCAUCGACAAAGUUUCAGCAACUACACUCAUACAGUCUUUGACAAUCGGUGCGUAACUGAGAGACUUUUUGUUUUGACCCAAUAUUCACGAUAUUCUGAGGGAGAAUUCCUUUGCGCGUUGCUGUACAGUGAAUAAAUGGACCAUGAGCCUUGAGGUGCGAUCAUAUUGAGCCCUUAAUUCCACUAUUUUUUGAGAACGGAUGGCAGAGUUCACAGGGAAACUUUGCGAAAAAAGCUACGUGCUUUGUGUCAUAGUGCCUUUUCAAAUUGCUGCUUUUUACAAGCGCUACCUUCUCUGAAUGAGUCUCAGAUGAGGCAUAGCUGUCUUGUGCUGCCGCCAGGUAAAAUGAACAAAAAUGUGUUGGUACACUCCUCCUUAAACACUCUUUCUGCAUCAAUCUUAGUAGUUUUGAGCACCCCAUUUGCCGUACCUUUUCGCCUCUUCCUCCAACUUCAUUCGGCUCAGUUUUUGGCUGUCACUCCGCGGAGUCUGGAAAACGAGUGUGAGACAUGCUGUUCUAAAAAUAACUUUCAAAUGCUUCACUCCCAUUGGUUGGCUCACGCGCGUCAACGCUAAGGUUUUUGUUUGUUGCCCGCCUCCAAUCUACAAACCCGCAGACAAAAAUUAUUUUUGUUGUUGCAACGUGUAUUAGUCCGGACAGCUUGAGAUCCGGUCCAGACGGCUUGGAGGUCCGGAACCGGACCGAGGUCCGCGGUUCCGUGACCUCUGCAUUAGACUCUCUCAGCAGAAAAAAAACGGAAGUUCAUAUCUUUCUCCAUUCUUUAGAAAUCAGUAUUAGAAAAUAGCUUAGUUGCAGCAAUUUUCCAAUUGCUGAUGAAAAAACUGAGAAAUUGAGCUUUUUGUGAAAGCAUACAUUUCAAACAUAACUCUGACUUUAACACAGCUAUUUUUUUGCGGUAGUUACAUCCCAAACUUCUGACUAAUGUUUUCGUUCUACAAAAUAACAAACAACAAGAGAAAUAGAGUUUUGAUCGCAAAGUAACAAUUAAAGUAACAAUAUCGAUACAUUGGUCAGGAAAUCAUUCUGGGAUAUUCUACAAACAACUAAUUAACAGAAAAGCAAGCUUCUCGUGUGAAUUGGAAUUAGUUUAUCACUAGUAGACGUCCAAUCCAUAUGAAGUGGGAGGAAUGUUCAUUCGCUGCCAUCCCUCCCACUUCAAGCAGAUUGAACGUCUAGGGCUGUCAGUGGCAGUCAAUGCCAGGCAGUUAGGUAA